AUGGACUCCAAGCCAAGCUGCCUGCACAGAUGUUGGUGCAGUUCUACACGGCCAUCAUCGAGUCCAUCCUCACCUCCUCCAUCACCUCCUUCAUCACCUCCUCCAUCACCUCCUUCAUCACCUCCUCCAUCACCUCCUCAUCACCUCCUCAUCACCUCCUCAUCACCUCCUCCUUCACCUCCUCCUUCACCUCCUCAUCACCUCCUCAUCACCUCCUCCUUCACCUCCUCCUUCACCUCCUCCAUCACCUCCUCCAUCACCUCCUCCAGCACCUCCUCCAUCACCUCCUCCAUCACCUCCUCCAUCACCUCCUCCAUCACCUCCUCAUCACCUCCUCCUUCACCUCCUCCUUCACCUCCUCCAUCACCUCAUCACCUCCAUCACCUCCUCCAUCACCUCCUCAUCAACUCCUCCAGCACCUCCUCCAUCACCUCCUUCAUCACCUGCUCCAUCACCUCCUCCAUCACCUCCUCCAUCACCUCCUCCAUCACCUCCUCCAUCACCUCCUCCAUCACCUCCUCAUCACCUCCUCAUCACCUCCUCCUUAACCUCCUCCUUCACCUCCUCCUUCACCUCCUCCAUCACCUCCUCCAUCACCUCCUCCAUCACCUCCUCCAUCACCUCCUCCAUCACCUCCUCAUCAACUCCUCCAGCACCUCCUCAUCACCUCCUCCAUCACCUCCUUCAUCACCUGCUCCAUCACCUCCUCCAUCACCUCCUCAUCACCUCCUCCAUCACCUCCUCCAUCACCUCCUUCAUCACCUCCUCCAUCACCUCCUCCUUUUUUGGGAUUUGAGCCUUAUGUGA